CUCUACACACCCAGACAGUCUACGAGAGACACCUUGAUCGCCAUCUGCCGGACGCAGCAUCCAACUUUGCCCGAACCCUUUUUCUCGUUGAUCUCCAUAAGUUCUAGUCCCGCCGCCCGCGACUGAUCUCUCGACUGCCGAUGAUAGCGUCGAUAAACACCCACUUUCUCGCUGCACAAGAGUGUGUCUCUAUGUACGGCCGACGGCAGCAGCUCCGCAGCAGCCAAAAAAAGUCCCAAAAGCGCGCACACCCGCACCCACAACAAGCGCCGCGUCGUCAACUCGUCACUGCACACGCGAGACUGCUGGGAGAGAUAAACAAACCAAGCCACGCGAAAUGCAACCGCGGUGAUUCGCCCGCCGCCCGAGCAACAGAACCAUCAUCAUCGUCAUCUCGACCGCGAGAGACCUAACCUCCCCGACCGCCGCUGCCGCGAGAAAAAACAGCUUGUGCGUGUGUGUAGAAUGUGCGCGGGCGACGAUGAUGCCAGUGAAUGAAAUGACUAGCGCGCGAUAGCGUAAGAUACUCAAGUACGAGAUAUAAGUACUUGCCCCGCGGGACUCGCGGGAUGAUGACUUUAGCGAGAAGCGUUAUGUCGACGCUCUGGACCAAGUUCAACUAGUGCCGCGAGUCGGAGCUGGCCCACGCUCAAGAUGGGAAAUGAGGCGCAGAUCACUAGUAUCCUCAAUGAAAUCCUGAAGGUGGAGGCGAUAGAGGAGGCAUUCAGUUGUAUCAUUGUGCACAACCCCAGCAAUGAGAAGGAGAAAAUCAAGGGCUGGCAGUCAGAGCUGGCCAGUGUCAUGGCAGGCCUUGGUACUGAACAGCAAGAAAACGCUAUCCGAAGGUUUCUCUACAUUGCUGCGGAGAUCACCAAUUACAAGAGAAUGCACCUGGUACUCUCCUUACUUGAAAACUUGGUCUCUACAAAUGUGUUACCUGCUAGAUUGGUAUGCGAGUGUAUUUUUGGCUGUGAAAAAUUGCAGUAUCAGAACAAGGAAUUCUGGGUUGAAUGUUUUACUCUGAUUCGCCAUAUAAUUGGUGGAGUAGACUACAAGGGAGUGCGUGAGAUUUUAAAGGCGUGCGAGGAAAAAGCUCAUAUAUUACCAGUAAUGAUAGAUGCAUCUGUACAGUCACAAAUGAAAGCUUGUGAGCAUCUAAUAGAGUAUAUUUUUGAUAGGAACGCAUGCUUGAUACCGUGUUAUUUAAUUGUAAACGAGCUUCAAAAAUUUGCUGCUGACAAGAAAAAUUGGCCACACUGGAAGCUUGCCAAGUUGAUAUCAAAUUUCAUAGAUAGUUUUCGCAAUGUGGUCCAAAUGAUAUCCAUCAUUGGGCAUUCCAAGAUGUUACCACUUGUUGAGCAUUCUGGUUAUGGCGACCACCUUGUAAGUCCAUGGCUGCUUGACCGCAAUACUUUACAAUUUUCUCUGAAGGGACUCGAAAGUCUUCCAUAUGAUCCAGAAUUAUUGAAACCACAAACAAACUUGCUGAGAUACGUUUUAGAACAACCCUACAGUAGAGACAUGGUCUGUUCCAUGUUAAAAUUGCAAAAACAGCAAAAUCUCAGAUGCAAAGCAUUAGAAGAACAACUUGUAGAUCUAAUGAUCAGAAAUAUGGAAAAGUCUGAGAAUGAACCUACUCCUGCAGAUGAUUCAGAUGGUGUAAUAACUAAUUUUUGGCCCUGGUUGCAUCUUUCUUCGCAGUUAAUUCAUUACGUCAUCUUUCAAUUUGUCAGUUUCCCAAGCUUAAUUACGGCUAUUCACGAUAGGCUGGCUGGCAGGGAAUGGAAAAAAGCGAGAGAUCAUUUAAUGUGGGUUUUAUUACAAUUCAUUUCCGGAAGUAUACAAAGAAAUCCCCUGACCACUUUCUUACCAAUCUUCAAACUUUAUGACCUAUUGUAUCCAGAAAAAGAUCCUUUGCCUGUACCAGACUUGACACACAUAAAAUGUACACAUGAAAUGGCUUUAAUUUGCAUUUGGUUACAUCUCUUGAGAAAAGCUCAGACAGAAAAUUCAAAUUGUCAUAGACCAAUACCGCACAACUUAAAAAUGCACAAUGAGUUUCUUCAACAUGCAGUCACACAACCAAAUCUCGCUAUGGGUACAGAUUACAGGAUAGUGCUACUUUGCAAUGCAUAUUCCACGCAAACUGCAAAUGAUUAUUUUACUCGGUCAAUAAAUGUUUUAUUUGAAUCAAUUCAGAAGAGCCAUCCACAGCAACCCCUACAAAAUUUGCAAAGCAACACAUCCAUAGUGCAUCACCCUACAACACCGUUAUCAAUGUCAAUCCUUGACUCGCUCACUGUUCAUGCAAAAAUGAAUUUAAUACAUAACAUAGUUCAACACAUGAUGAAGAAUGCGCAUUCAAAAAGCAAUAUGACACUUCCUCCUGCUCUUGUUGAAACUUACAGCAGACUACUAGUUUAUACAGAGAUAGAAGUCAUGGGUAUUAAGAGUUUUAUAAAUCAAUUAUUACCAACAAUUUUCAAAGCUCAUGCAUGGGGUACUCUUUAUACUCUACUAGAUAUGUUUAGUUAUAGAAUGCAUCAUAUUCAACCAACCUAUAGAGUACAAAUAUUAAGUCAUCUUCACAAUCUUGCCAGUGUUCCACAAACCAAUCAAACUCAGCUACAUCUUUGCGUUGAAAGUACUGCCUUGCGUUUAAUCACUGGACUAGGUUCCGCAGAAGUCCAGCCUCAUCUUUCAAGAUUUCUUUCAGAACCAAAAACCCUGAUCUCCGCCGACUCGGAAGAACUUAAUAGAGCUCUAGUGCUUACACUCGCUAGAUCAAUGCACAUUACAGGUACUGGAGCUGAUACUGUUAGUGGUACAUGGUGCCAAGACUUGUUGAAUACAAUCAUGCAAAAUACACCUCACUCAUGGGCGGAUCAUACGCUGCAGUGCUUUCCACCUAUUUUAAGCGAAUUCUUCCAACAGAAUAGUGUUCCGAAAGAAGAAAAGCAACAAAUAAAGAAAGCCGUUGAAGAAGAGUAUAGAAAUUGGGCAUCCAUGAGUAACGAGAAUGAUAUAAUCGCUCACUUUUCCGUUUCUGGAUCACCGCCAUUGUUUCUCUGUUUACUGUGGAAAAUGAUUAUUGAAACUGAUCGCAUUAGUCCAAUAGCAUACAAAAUUCUAGAAAGGAUAGGAGCCCGAGCAUUAUCUGCACACCUCAGAAAAUUCUGUGAUUACAUCGUCUUUGAAGUUUCAAGCAUAGCUGCUGAUGGGUCGUAUGUUAACAAAGGUGUUGACGCUAUUAACGAUAUGAUUUGGAAAUAUAAUAUUUUUACGUUUGAUAGAUUGGUUUUAUGUCUAGCGUUGAGAACUUUAGAGGGUAACGAGGCCCAAGUUUGUUUCUUUAUUAUUCAAUUGUUGCUGCUGAAAGCUGCAGAAUUCCGUAAUCGAGUAGCCGAGUUUGUUAAAGAAAACUCGCCGGAUCACUGGAAGCAGUCGAACUGGCACGAAAAGCACUUGGCAUUCCAUCGAAAAUUUCCCGAAAAAUUCGCUCCCGAAGGGAUUAUGGAACAAGCGUCUGGCAGCCCAAACCAAUAUCAAAGUUUUCCUGCUUACUUUGGUAACGUUUGCUUGAGAUUCUUGCCUGUUCUUGAUAUAGUGAUGCAUCGAUAUCUCGAGAUACCACAAGUCACAAAAAGUCUUGAAGUUCUCUUGGAACAUCUGGGGUGCCUUUACAGGUUUCACGAUCGGCCUGUUACGUAUUUGUAUAAUACUCUUCAUUAUUACGAGCGACAAUUAAGAGAUAAGCCCAUUUUGAAACGUCGUCUUGUAAUUGCCAUAUUAGGGUCUUUAAGAGAAACCAAAACUCCUGGCUGGGCUUUAUCUGACGCUUACCAAAGAUAUAUAGCUCGAGCUCCGGACGACCUUGCGUGGCAACCUGAACUCGAUUACUAUGUGCGACUAGUUCAGCGUCUAGUCGACACUAUAUACGGCACGAUUCAAUUCCCGCCCACCGAUUGGAGAUUCAACGAAUUUCCGAAUCCAGCAGCACAUACGUUGUACGUUACAUGUGUCGAACUUAUGGCGCUUCCUGUAGCUCCAAAUGUAGUUGCUAACAAUCUUCUGGAUGUUGUGGCUAAGGGAUAUACUGUGAUUCCAUCAGAUGAAAUCCACUCGUGGAUUAACUGUAUCGGCAUCAUAAUGUCGGCGUUGCCAGAAUGUUACUGGUCGAUUCUGCACGAACGCUUAGUGCAAACUGCAUCUAGUUCGGGACUUGUCAAUUGGCAGUACGAUAACUUGAGCCCAUUCCAAUUAUUUAACUUUAAUCUAACGCACAAUAGCUUCUUCGAAAACAAGUAUAGUUACAUGCUAGCUUUAGCUCACUCUAUAUGGCAUCAUGCUGGUGUAGGUCAAAUGUUUACAAUGGUUCAAUUUAUCAAAGAAAAAUUGCAACCCGUUAUUAAUACCGAAGAACAGUUAAUUUUUGCAUGCCAUUUAAUUGGGCCAACUCUUAACCGAUUCAAUUCGGAACGGCCCAAGUGCAUCACUGAUCUCACAAUUAUGCUGUAUGAAAUGCUGGAGCAGGUCAAUCGAGCGCAAACCCAUCUUCGUCAGAUGGAUCCAAUCUGUGAUUUAUUUUAUCACAUAAAGUAUAUGUUUGUCGGCAAUUCAAUGAAAAACGAAGUUGAGACUAUCAUUAGAAGGCUCAGGCCUGCCUUACAAAUGAGACUUCGUUUCAUUGCCCAUUUGAACGUCGAAGAAAUUCAGUCUUCCUGAGACACUGAAGUCACCAAUGUUGGUGCAA